AAGGAGCUCCUCAGCUGUCCCCACGGCAACAUCUGUGAUGUCAUUGGCCUGGUGGUGUUCUCUGGUCGGCAUGAAAGAAUCAGGAGCAAAGGUGGGUUACCAUGGUGAUGUUGAUGAUGGUCAGGGGCGAACAUAGUGAUUUGGAGGCCCCAGGCAGACGCCAGUCUAAGCCCCUCCCCCCCUCCCCCUCCAAAAAUUGUAAUUGUUUUAGACUAAAGACAUGUAAUUUAACUGUAAAAAUGUAUUCCCUUUUAAUGUGCCAUGAACACAACCAGUCAUUAUGUUUUCAUCUGAUUGUCAAACAAAUCACUUCGAAAGUAGAUUACUUUCGCACGUUCAUCCAAUGUAAUUCCAGCAUCCGAACAGUGCACUGUGCACCUGCCAACUGUCCUUCAAUUCUCAAGUGGCUGCAACUCUCUCAUCGGAGAAAGGGUUAGGGUUAGUGGCUGCAACUCUCUCAUCGGAGAAAGGGUUAGGGUUAGUGGCUGCAACUCUCUCAUCGGAGAAAGGGUUAGGGUUAGUGGCUGCAACUCAUCGGAGAAAGGGUUAGGGUUAGUGGCUGCAACUCUCUCAUCGGAGAAAGGGUUAGGGUUAGUGGCUGCAACUCUCUCAUCGGAGAAAGCAUCCGAAUGAAACAGUGCCAUACUCUUUUUGGCCUGACAGCACCAGAUACAAAUCAAAUCAAAUCACAUUUAAAAUGUAAAACUCUUGUCCAUGGGCUACACAUAGUGGCUUGUGAAAGUAUUCACCCCCCUUGGCAUUUUUCCUAUUUUGUUGCCUUACAACCUGGAAUUAAAAUGGAUUUUUGGGCGGUUUGUAUCAUUUGAUUUACACAACAUGCCUACCACUUUGAAGAUGCAAAAUAUUCUGUCAUCGGACUACAGAGUUUUUUAGGAUAAGAAGGAACAGAAUAGAGCUCAGACACUGGGAGACUAGAGGAAAACCUGGUUCAGUCUGCUUUCCACCAGACACUGGGAGACUAGAGGAAACCCUGGUUCAGUCUGCUGUCCACCAGACACUGGGAGACUAGAGGAAACCCUGGUUCAGUCUGCUGUCCACCAGACACUGGGAGACUAGAGGAAACCCUGGUUCAGUCUGCUUUCCACCAGACACUGGGAGACUAGAGGAAACCCUGGUUCAGUCUGCUGUCCACCAGACACUGGGAGACUAGAGGAAACCCUGGUUCAGUCUGCUGUCCACCAGACACUGGGAGACUAGAGGAAACCCUGGUUCAGUCUGCUGUCCACCAGACACUGGGAGACUAGAGGAAACCCUGGUUCAGUCUGCUGUCCACCAGACACUGGGAGACUAGAGGAAACCCUGGUUCAGUCUGCUGUCCACCAGACACUGGGAGACUAGAGGAAACCCUGGUUCAGUCUGCUGUCCACCAGACACUGGGAGACUAGAGGAAACCCUGGUUCAGUCUGCUGUCCACCAGACACUGGGAGACUAGAGGAAACCCUGGUUCAGUCUGCUUUCCACCAGACACUGGGAGGACUAGAGGAAACCCUGGUUCAGUCUGCUGUCCACCAGACACUGGGGAGACUAGAGGAAACCCUGGUUCAGUCUGCUGUCCACCAGACACUGGGAGACUAGAGGAAAACCCUGGUUCAGUCUGCUGUCCACCAGACACUGGGAGACUAGAGGAAACCCUGGUUCAGUCUGCUGUCCACCAGACACUGGGAGACUAGAGGAAACCCUGGUUCAGUCUGCUGUCCACCAGACACUGGGAGACUAGAGGAAACCCUGGUUCAGUCUGCUGUCCACCAGACACUGGGAGACUAGAGGAAACCCUGGUUCAGUCUGCUUUCCACCAGACACUGGGAGACUAGAGGAAACCCUGGUUCAGUCUGCUGUCCACCAGACACUGGGAGACUAGAGGAAACCCUGGUUCAGUCUGCUGUCCACCAGACACUGAGACAAAUUCACCUUUCAGCAGGACAAUAACCUAAAACACAAGGCCAAAUCUACACUGGAGUUGCUUACCAAGAAGACAGUGAAUGUUCUUGAAUGGCCUACUUACAGUUUUGACUGAAAACUGCUUGAAAAUCUAUGUCAAGACUUUAAAAUGUUUAUCUAGCAAUGAUCAACAACCAACUUGACAGGCCUUGAAUAAUUUUUUGAAGAAUAAUGUGCAAAUAUUGUACAAUCCAAGUACAAAGCUCUUAGAGACUUCCCCAGAAAGACUCACAGCUGUAAUCGCUGCCAAAGUUGAUUCUAACAUGUAUUGAUUCAGGUAUGAAUACUUAUGUAAGUUUAUUUAUUUAUUUAUUUAAAUUUUUUUUUUUUUUUUUUUUUUUUUUCACCUUUAUUUAACCAGGUAAACCAGUUGAGAACAAGUUCUCAUUUACAACUGCGACCUGGCCAAGAUAAAGCAAAGCAGUGCGAUAAAAACAACAACACAGAGUUACAUAUGGGGUAAAACAAAACAAAGUCAAAAAUACAACAGAAAUACAUAUAAUAUACAGUGUGCAAAUUUAGCAAGUUAUGGAGGUAAGGCAAUAAAAUAGGCUAUAGUGCAAAAUAAUUACAAUUUAGUAUUGUGAUAUACUUCUGUAUUUAAUUUUCAAUACAUUUGCAAAGAUUUCUAAAAACAUGUUUUGACUUUGUCAUUAUGGGGUAUUGUGUUUAGAUAGAUGAGAAAAAAAUCUGUUAACGAUGUAGGUAACCCGUUAACGAUGUAGGUAACCCGUUAACGAUGUAGGUAACCCGUUAACGAUGUAGGUAACCCGUUAACGAUGUAGGUAACCCGUUAACGAUGUAGGUAACCCGUUAACGAUGUAGGUAACCCGUUAACUAAUGUUAAAAUGAAAUCUCUGAAUCUCUCUGAAAGCGCCUCAUUGUUAAUUUCAUUGUUAAUAAUAUUGCAGCUUCAUUUCAAUGAAAUUCACGUUUCAAUCAUAUCGCGUGGGGAAAUGUACUGGUGGAAUAGUCCAAUAUUAUGAACCAGUCUGGGUGAUUUAAUGACACUUGUUUCUACUAUUAUGAGAGAAACUUGGAUUAUAUUGAUAUGAAAUAAAUGUAUGGAAGUAAAUGAUAUAAAUUAUUGAUCUAUUAUGAAUGAUUAUUCUGCUGUAUGGAUUCAUUCUUUUUUGGAGGCUUUUUUUGUCAACAGUGUGUGUGGGGCCUCAAGCUGAGGGGGCCUCAAACUAAAAAAAAUAUUUGUUAAAAAAAUAUUACUAGUAUUAUUUUUUAAAUUAUGCCCAGCUCACGAGGCCCCUUGAUGAUGAUGAUGAUGAUGAUGAUGAUGAUGUGAGGCCUGAGCCAAUUGCCUCUUCUGCCUAAUGGUAAGUCCGCCACUGGUGAUGAUUCUGGUGGUGGGGACGAUGAUUCUGGUGAUGCGAAUGUUGAUAGUGUCUAUGAUGGUGUUGGUGGUGGUGGUGAUGAUGAUGGUAGUGAUAUCUUCCUUGUGCAGACGGCCAGGGUACAGAGCUGUUGGAGUAUCGGUGGCUCCGAUUGGAGGACGGGACUUCUGAUCAACCAAUCAUGAUAAAGCUCUUCUCAACGUCUCAACCAGAGAUACACAACAAGAUAUUCCCACGUGAGAUACUGCGCGCACGAACGCACGCACGCACGUACGCACGUACGCACGCACGCACACUCACUCACUCACUCACUCACUCACUCACUGCUAACUCACUCCGUAUAACGAAACCUCCCCUACAACUCUACUCUCGAUAGAGAGAGAGAGAGAGAGAGAGAGAGAGAGAGGAAGAGAGCGAAGAGAGAGGGCAGAAGAAGCAGAGAGGGAGCCGGAGACCUAGGCUGAGCGCGAGAGAGGGAGGGAUCGGCGGAGCUAUCGCGAGAGAGAAGGAGAGAGAGAGGAGAAUCGAGAGCUAGAGAGCUAGGCAGACCUCUAGGAGAGCCUCGAGAGCGGAGCUCUAUCUCUCUCUCUACUCUCGCUUCUCUCUCUCUAACCUCUCUCUCUCACUCUUAUCUACUCUCUCUAUACUACCUCCUCUCUAUCUCGAAAUCUCUAUCUCUCUAUCUCUCUCUUCGAACUCUCUCUCUCUCUCUAUCUCUCUCUCUCUCUCUCUUCUCUGUCUCUCUCUCUCUCUCUCUGUCUCUCUCUCUCUCUCUCUCUCUCUCUCUGUCUCUCUCUGUGUCUCUCUCUCUCUCUGUCUCUCUCUCUUCCUCUCUCUCUCAUCUCUCUCUCUCUCUCUCUCUCAUACCUCUCUCUCUCUCUCUCUCUCUCUCUCUCUCUACCUCUCUCUCUCUACCUCUCUACCUCUCUCUCUGUCUCUCUUGUCUCUCUCUACCUCUCUCUCUGUCUCUCUCUCAAUUCAAUUCAAUUUCAAUUUAAGGGCUUUAUUGGCAUGGGAAAUGUGUGUUAACAUUGCCAAAGCAAGUGAAGUAGAUAGUUAACAAAAGUGAAAUAAACAAUAAAUAUUAACAGUAAACAUUACACUCAGAAGUUUCAAAAGAAUAAAGACAUUUCAAAUGUCAUAUUAUGUAUAUAUACAGUGUUGUAACAAUGUGCAAAUAGUUAAAGUACAAAUGGGAAAAUAAAUAAACAUAAAUAUGGGUUGUAUUUACAAUGGUGUUUGUUCUUCACUGGUUGCCCUUUUCUUGUGGCAACAGGUCACAAAUCUUGCAGCUGUGAUGGCACACUGUGGUUUUUCACCCAGUAGAUAAGGGAGUUUAUCAAAAUUGGGUUUGUUUUCGAAUUCUUUGUGGAUCGCUGUAAUCUGAGGGAAAUAUGUGUCUCUAAUAUGGUCAUACAUUUGGCAGGAGGUUAGGAAGUGCAGCUCAGUUUCCACCUCAUUUUGUGGGCAGUGUGUACAUAGCCUGUCUUCUCUUGAGAGCCAGGUCUGCCUACGGCGGCCUUUCUCAAUAGCAAGGCUAUGCUCUCUGAGUCUGUACAUAGUCAAAGCUUUCCUUAAGUUUGGGUCAGUCACAGUGGUCAGGUAUUCUGCCACUGUGUACUCUCUGUUUAGGGCCAAAUAGUAUUCUAGUUUGCUCUGUUUUUUUGUUUGUUCUUUCCAAUGUGUCAAGUAAUUCUCUUUUUGUUUUCUCAUGAUUUGGUUGGGUCUAAUUGUGUUGUUGUUGUUGUUGUUGUCCUGGGGCUGUGUGGGGUCUGUUUGUGUUUGUGAACAGAGGCCCAGGACAAUCUUACUUAGGGGACUCUUCUCCAAGUUCAUCUCUCUGUAGGUGAUGGCUUUGUUAUGGAAGGUUUGUGAAUCACUUCCUUUUAAGUGGUUAUAGAAUUUAACGGCUCUUUUCUGGAUUUUGAUAAUUAGCGGGUAUUGGCCUAAUUCUGCUCUGCAUGCAUUAUUUGGUGUUUUACGUUGUACACGGAGGAUGUUUUUGCAGAAUUCUGCAUGCAGAGUCUCAAUUUGGUGUUUGUCCCAUUUUGUGAAUUCUUGGUUGGUGAGCGGACCCCAGACCUCAGAACCAUAAAGGGCAAUGGGUUCUAUAACUGAUUCAAGUAUUUUUAGCCAGAUCCUAAUUGGUAUGUCAAAUUGUAUGUUCCUUUUGAUGGCAUAGAAGGCCCUUCUUGCCUUGUCUCUCAGAUCGUUCACAGCUUUGUGGAAGUUACCUGUGGCGCUGAUGUUUAGGCCGAGGUAUGUAUAGUUUUUUGUGUGCUCUAGGGCAACGGUUGUCUAGAUGGAAUUUGUAUUUGUGGUCCUGGCAACUGGACCUUUUUUGGAACACCAUUAUUUUUGUCUUACUGAGAUUUACUGGCAGGGCCCAGGUCUGACAGAAUCUGUGCAGAAGAUCUAGGUGCUGCUGUAGGCCCUCCUUGGUUGGUGACAGAAGCACCAGAUCAUCAGCAAACAGAAGACAUUUGACUUCAGAUUCUAGUAGGGUGAGGCCGGGUGCUGCAGACUGUUCUAGUGCCCUCGCCAAUUCGUUGAUAUAUAUGUUGAAGAGGGUGGGGCUUAAACUGCAUCCCUGUCUCACCCCACGGCCCUGUGGAAAGAAAUGUGUGUGUUUUUUGCCAAUUUUAACCGCACACUUGUUGUUUGUGUACAUGGAUUUUAUAAUGUCGUAUGUUUUUCCCCCCAACCCCACUUUCCAUCAAUUUGUAUAGCAGACCCUCAUGCCAAAUUGAGUCAAAAGCUUUUUUGAAAUCAACAAAGCAUGAGAAGACUUUGCCUUUGUUUUGGUUUGUUUGUUUGUCAAUUAGGGUGUGCAGGGUGAAUACGUGGUCUGUCGUACGGUAAUUUGGUAAAAAGCCAAUUUGACAUUUGCUCAGUACAUUGUUUUCACUGAGGAAAUGUACGAGUCUGCUGUUAAUGAUAAUGCAGAGGAUUUUCCCAAGGUUGCUGUUGACGCAUAUCCCACGGUAGUUAUUGGGGUCAAAUUUGUCUCCACUUUUGUGGAUUGGGGUGAUCAGUCCUUGGUUCCAAAUAUUGGGGAAGAUGCCAGAGCUAAGGAUGAUGUUAAAGAGUUUAAGUAUAGCUAAUUGAAAUUUGUGGUCUGUAUAUUUUAUCAUUUCAUUGAGGAUACCAUCAACACCACAGGACUUUUUGGGUUGGUGUCACGCCCUGGCUCUGGGGACUAUGUUAUGUUGAGCCAGGGUAUGUAAGUCUAUGUUUGUAUAUCUAUGUUGGCCUGAGUGACUCCCAAUCAGAGGCAACGAGUGUCAGCUGGUUGUCUCUGAUUGGGAGCCAUAUUUAACUAUCGGUCUUUUCACUUUGUGUUGUGGUUUCUUGUUCCGUUAAGGUUUGUUCGUGUUGUAACCUUAGACGUCACGCAUCGUUGGUUAUUGUUUUGAUCGUGUGAUCAGUUAAUAAAUAUAUAUUAUGUUCACCUUCAACGCUGCGCAUUGGUCCUCUCUCGUAGACGAUCGUGACAGAAGAAACCACCAGAACUGGACCAAGCAGCCUAGUGAGGAGCAGAGUAGGUGGACUUGGCAACAGUGGAGGCAGAGCUUCGACUGGGUCAAGCCGAAUGAGGAGCUGAAUGACGGAGAUUGGAAGCAGAGGAGCGAGAGGUGGGCGAGAAUUAUCGAGGCCUGGCCCACGGGGAAGAGAGACUCCCAGAAAUUUUUUAGGGGGGGGCUCACGACGUCGGACCAGCAGGAGGCCGCGAUAGAGCGGCCCAGUGGGUUGCCAGAGGAGGCCGCCAGGUUAAGGGGGCCACUGGUCGAAGAGGGGAUGGAGGAUGUAGAGGCACGGCGAGAGGUACUGGCGUGUGUUGCCAGUCCGGUCCGGCCCGUUCCAGAUCCCGGUGUAGGGCCAGUGGUGUGUGUCCCCAGUACGGUCCGGUCUAUUCCUGCUCCCCGCACCAAGUCAGGGGUGCGCAUCGUCAGCCCGGUUCGGCCCGUUCCUACUCCACGCACCAAGCCUACGGUGUGCGUCGACAGCCCAGCCCGGCCCGUUCCUGCUCUCCGCACCAAGUCUGUGGUGCGCGUCGCCAGCCCAGUCCGGCCCAUCCAAGCUCUCCGCACCAAGCCAGUGGUGUGCGUCGUCAGUCCGGCACGGCCCGUGCCUGCUCUCCGCACCAAGUCUGUGGUGCGUUUCGUCAGCCCUGUCCGGCCCGUUCCUGCUCUCCGCACCAAGUCUGUGGUGCGCGUCGCCAGCCCAGUCCGGCCCAUCCAAGCUCCCCGCACCAAGUCAGGGGUGCGCUUCGUCAGCCCGGUCCGGCCCGUUCCUGCUCCCCGCACCAAGUCAGUGGUGUGCUUCGUCAGCCCAGUCCGGCCUGUCCCUGCUCCACGCACCAAGCCUACGGUGUGCGUCGUCAGCCUGGUAAGGCCCGUUCCUCCUCCACGCACCAAGCCAGGGGUGCGCGUCGUCAGUCCAGCACAACCCGUGCCUGGGUCAUGUCCGGAGCCGGAUCCGCCGCCGAGGCGGAGUGCCCACCCGGUCCCUCCCCUGUUGUGGUUGUUUGGCGCGGUCGGAGUCCGCGCCUUUGGGGGGGGGUACUGUCACGCCCUGGCUCUGGGGACUAUGUUAUGUUGAGCCAGGGUAUGUAAGUCUAUGUUUGUAUAUCUAUGUGGGCCUGAGUGACUCCCAAUCAGAGGCAACGAGUGUCAGCUGGUUGUCUCUGAUUGGGAGCCAUAUUUAACUAUCGGUCUUUUCACUUUGUGUUGUGGUUUCUUGUUCCGUUAAGAUUUGUUCGUGUUGUAACCUUAGACGUCACGCAUCGUUGGUUAUUGUUUUGAUCGUGUGAUCAGUUAAUAAAUAUAUAUUAUGUUCACCUUCAACGCUGCGCAUUGGUCCUCUCUCGUAGACGAUCGUGACAGUUGGAGGGUUUGUAUUUUGUCCUGUAGUUCAUUCAAUGUAAUUGGAGAAUCCAGUGGGUUCUGGUAGUCUUUAAUAGUUGAUUCUAAGAUUUGCAUUUGAUCAUGUAUAUUUUUUUGCUGUUUGUUCUCUGUUAUAGGGCCAAAAAGAUUGGAGAAGUGGUUUACCCAUACAUCUCCGUUUUGGAUAGAUAACUCUUCGUGUUGUUGUUUGUUUAGUGUUUUCCAAUUUUCCCAGAAGUGGUUAGAGUCUAUGGAUUCUUCAAUUACAUUGAGCUGAUUUCUGACAUGCUGUUCCUUCUUUUUCCGUAGUGUAUUUCUCUCUCUACCUCUCUCUCUCUCUCUCUCUCUCUCUCUCUCUCUCUCUCUCUCUGUCUCUCUCUCUCUAUACCUCUCUACCUCUCUCUCUGUCUCUCUCUACCUCUCUCUCUACCUCUCUCUCUCUCUCUACCUCUCUCUCUCUCUCUCUCUCUCUCUCUACCUCUCUCUGUCUCUCUCUACCUCUCUCUCUCUCUCUCUCUGUCUCUCUCUCCCUCUACCUCUCUACCUCUCUCUGUCUCUGUCUCUCGCUCUCUCUGUCUCUGUCUCUCGCUCUCUCUGUCUCUCUGUCUCUGUCUCUCUCUCUCUACCUCUCUACCUCUCUCUGUCUCUGUCUCUCUCUCUCUCUCUCUCUCUCUCUCUCUCUCUCUCUCUCUCUCUCUCUCUCUCUCUUCUCUCUCUCUCUCUCUCUCUCUCUCUCUCUCUCUCUCUCUCUCUCGCUCCCCUCUGUCUCUCUUUCCUGUGUCUACCCUUCUCAAUGUCAAGGCUGGGCUCACUGAGCCUGUACUUUUUGAUCAGUAACCAUGGUCAAAUAGUUAGCCACUGUGUACUGUCGAUUUAGGGCCAGAUAGCACUGCAUUUUGCUUUGUGCUUGUGUUUCCCAAUCAGUAAUGUAGUUUUGUUUUGACUGUGUUGUAAUGUGUUUUAUUCUGAUUGAUUGGAUGUUCUGGUCCUGAGGCUUCAGUGUGUUAGUAGAACAGGUUUGUGAACUCAGCCCCAGGACCAGCUGGAUGAGGGGACUCUUUUCUUUGCUCAGCUCUUGGCAUUGCAGGGCUUGGUAAUGAUAUGAGAGGGGGUCACUGUAUUUUAGAUGUUUCCAAAACUUAAUUGCUCUUUUUUUGAGUUUUUAUUAUUAGUGGAUAUUGGCCUAGUUCUGCCCUGCGUGCAUUGUUUGUAGUUUUCCUCUGGACAUGUAGGAGAAUCUUACAGAACUCUGCAUGCAGGGUUUCAAUUAGGUGUUUGUCCCAUUGGGUAAAAUCUUGAAUAUAUAGUUGAUGUUUUUUACUGCUAGAUUGAUGCCUUCUUUACUGUGAGUGGAUGAAUAUACAGUGGGGAGAACAAGUAUUUGAUACACUGCCGAUUUUGCAGGUUUUCCUACUUACAAAGCAUGUAGAGGUCUGUAAUUUUUAUCAUAGGUUUUCUAAAACAAAAAUCCAGAAAAUCACAUUCACAUCCCUGUCUGUCUGUCUGUCUGUCUGUCUGUCUGUCUGUCUGUCUGUCUGUCUGUCUCUCUGUCUCUCUGUCUCUCUGUCUCUCUGUCUCUCUGUCUCUCUGUCUCUCUGUCUCUGUAGUAUCUGUAGUGGUGUGUACCAGACUCCAGCUGGUCAGAGCUUCAUCCUGCUGUUACCUCACCAACACUACCUACACCCAGAUCUACUGCACAGGUAACCCAACACUACCUACACCCAGAUCUACUGCACAGGUAACCCAACACUACCUACACCCAUAUCUACUGCACAGGUAACCCAACACUACCUACACCCAGAUCUACUGCACAGGUAACCCAACACUACCUACACACACACAAACACACACACACUACCUACCUACAUAAACACACACACACACACACUACCUACCUACAUAAACACACACACACUACCUCAACUGUACAGAUAACACACAGUCCCUGCCAGUUCUUGAUGCUGAUUGGUUAACCUCCAGGUUCCGGCCACCACUCAGUGAUGCCCUACAGGAAGCUCCGCCCAGUGCGUCAGUUUGUCCGAUGGCUGCAGAGCGUGGAUGACAGACAGGUGCUGAGCAGGGCUGUGGUUGGUGGAUACUUCAUCUACCCGCCCCCUCCCGUCUCCCUGGAAGCCUACAUGAAGAACAGAAAAGGUAUGACUGUAGUUUAACCAGGGAAGUUGACUGUAGGUUAUAGUUUAACCAGGGAAGUUGACUAUAGGUUAUAGUUUAACCAGGGAAGUUGACUGUAGAUUAUAGUUUAACCAGGGAAGUUGACUGUAGGUUAUAGUUUAACCAGGGAAGUUGACUGUAGGUUAUAGUUUAACCAGGGAAGUUGACUGUAGGUUAUAGUUUUAACCAGGGAAGUUGACUGUAGGUUAUAGUUUAACCAGGGAAGUUGACUGUAGGUUAUAGUUUAACCAGGAAGUUGACUGUAGGUUAUAGUUUAACUAGGGAAGUUGACUGUAGGUUAUAGUUAACCAGGGAAGUUGACUGUAGGUUAUAGUUUAACCAGGGUAGUUGACUAUAGGUAUAGUUUAACCAGGGAAGUUGACUGUAGGUUAUAGUUUAACCGGAGGAAGUUGACUGAGUAGGUUAUAGUUUAACCAGGGAAGUGACUGUAGGUUAUAGUUUAACCAGGGAAGUGACUGUAGGUUAUAGUUUAACCAGGGAAGUGACUGUAGGUUAUAGUUUAACCAGGGAAGUGUGACUGUAGGUUAUAGUUUAACCAGGGAAAGUUGACUGUAGGUUAUAGUUUAACCAGGGAAGUUGACUGUAGGUUAUAGUUUAACCAGGGUAGUUGACUAUAGGUUAUAGUUUAACCAGGGAAGUUGACUGUAGGUUAUAGUUUAACCAGGGAAGUUGACUGUAGGUUAUAGUUUAACCAGGGAAGUUGACUGUAGGUUAUAGUUUAACCAGGGAAGUUGACUGUAGGUUAUAGUUUAACCAGGGAAGUUGACUGUAGGUUAUAGUUUAAGUAGGGAAGUUGACUGUAGGUUAUAGUUUAACCAGGGAAGUUGACUGUAGGUUAUAGUUUAACCAGGGUAGUUGACUGUAGGUUAUAGUUUAACCAGGGAAGUUGACUGUAGGUUAUAGUUUAACCAGGGUAGUUGACUGUAGGUUUAUAUAGUUUAACUAGGGAAGUUGACUGUAGGUUAUAGUUUAACCAGGGAAGUGACUGUAGGUUAUAGUUUAACCAGGGAAGUUGACUGUAGGUUAUAGUUUAACCAGGGAAGUUGACUGUAGGUUAUAGUUUAACCAGGGAAGUUGACUGUAGGUUAUAGUUUAACUAGGGAAGUUGACUGUAGGUUAUAGUUUAACCAGGGAAGUUGACUGUAGGUUAUAGUUUAACCAGGGUAGUUGACUGUAGGUUAUAGUUUAACCAGGGAAGUUGACUGUAGGUUAUAGUUUAACCAGGGUAGUUGACUGUAGGUUAUAGUUUAACUAGGGAAGUUGACUGUAGGUUAUAGUUUAACCAGGGAAGUUGACUGUAGGUUAUAGUUUAACCAGGGAAGUUGACUGUAGGUAUAGUUAACCAGGGAAGUUGACUGUAGGUUAUAGUUUAACCAGGGAAGUUGACUGUAGGUUAUAGUUUAACCAGGGAAUUUGACUGUAGGUUAUAGUUUAACCAGGGAAGUUGACUGUAGGUUAUAGUUUAACCAGGGAAGUUGACUGUAGGUUAUAGUUUAACUAGGGAAGUUGACUGUAGGUUAUAGUUUAACUAGGGAAGUUGACUGUAGGUUAUAGUUUAACCAGGGAAGUUGACGUAGGUUAUAGUUUAACCAGGGAAGUUGACUGUAGGUUUUAGUUUAACCAGGGAAGUUGAUUGUAGGUUAUAGUUUAACUAGGGAAGUUGACUGUAGGUUAUAGUUUAACUAGGGAAGUUGACUGUAGGUUAUAGUUUAACUAGGGAAGUUGACUGUAGGUUAUAGUUUAACCAGGGAAGUUGACUGUAGGUUAUAGUUUAACCAGGGAAGUUGACUGUAGGUUAUAGUUAACUAGGGAAGUGACUGUAGGUUAUAGUUUAACCAGGGAAGUUGACUGUAGGUUAUAGUUUAACCAGGGAAGUUGACUGUAGGUUAUAGUUUAACCAGGGAAGUUGACUGUAGGUUAUAGUUUAACCAGGGAAGUUGACUGUAGGUUAUAGUUUAACUAGGGAAGUUGACUGUAGGUUAGUUUAACCAGGGAAGUUGACUGUAGGUUAUAGUUUAACCAGGGAAGUUGACUGUAGGUUAUAGUUUAACCAGGGAAGUUGACUGUAGGUUAUAGUUUAACCAGGGAAGUUGAUUGUAGGUAUAGUUUAACUAGGGAAGUUGACUGUAGGUUAUAGUUUAACUAGGGAAGUUGACUGUAGGUAUAGUUUAAACUAGGGAAGUUGACUGUAGGUAUAGGUUAACUAGGGAAGUGACUGUAGGUUAUAGUUUAACCAGGGAAGUUGACUGUAGGUUAUAGUUAACCAGGGAAGUUGACUGUAGGUUAUAGUUUAACCAGGGAAGUUGACUGUAGGUUAUAGUUUAACCAGGGAAGUUGACUGUAGGUUAUAGUUUAACUAGGGAAGUUGACUGUAGGUUAUAGUUUAACCAGGGAAGUUGACUGUAGGUAUAGUUUAACUAGGGAAGUGACUGUAGGUUAUAGUUUAACCAGGGAAGUUGACUGUAGGUUAUAGUUUAACCAGGGAAGUUGACUGUAGGUUAUAGUUUAACCAGGGAAGUUGACUGUAGGUUAUAGUUUAACCAGGGAAGUUGACUGUAGGUUAUAGUUUAACUAGGGAAGUUGACUGUAGGUUAUAGUUUAACCAGGGAAGUUGACUGUAGGUUAUAGUUUAACUAGGGAAGUUGACUGUAGAUUAUAGUUUAACCAGGGAAGUUGACUGUAGAUUAUAGUUUAACUAGGGAAGUUGACUGUAGGUUAUAGUUUAACCAGGGAAGUUGACUGUAGAUUAUAGUUUAACUAGGGAAGUUGACUGUAGGUUAUAGUUUAACUAGGGAAGUUGACUGUAGAUUAUAGUUUAACUAGGGAAGUUGACUGUAGGUUAUAGUUUAACCAGGGAAGUUGACUGUAGGUUAUAGUUUAACUAGGGAAGUUGACUGUAGAUUAUAGUUUAACCAGGGAAGUUGACUGUAGGUUAUAGUUUAACCAGGGAAGUUGACUGUAGGUUAUAGUUUAACCAGGGAAGUUGACUGUAGGUUAUAGUUUAACCAGGGAAGUUGACUGUAGGUUAUAGUUUAACCAGGGAAGUUGACUGUAGGUUAUAGUUUAACUAGGGAAGUUGACUGUAGAUUAUAGUUUAACUAGGGAGGUUGACUGUAGGUUAUAGUUUAACCAGGGAAGUUGACUGUAGGUUAUAGUUUAACUAGGGAAGUUGACUGUAGGUUAUAGUUUAACCAGGGAAGUUGACUGUAGGUUAUAGUUUAACUAGGGAAGUUGACUAUAGGUUAUAGUUUAACCAGGGAAGUUGACUGUAGUUUAUAGUUUAACUGAGAGCACAGUCUCAUUUACAGCAACAACUUGUGAAUGAACCAAUUGGAAGCUGGGGAUGAUUAGGUGGCCAUGAUGGUAUUAAGGCCAGGACACCGGGGUUAACACCCCGUUUAACAUCUGAAAGACAGCGCCAUACACAGGGCAAUGUCCCCAAUCACUGCCCUGGGGCAAUGUCCCCAAUCACUGCCCUGGGGCAAUGUCCCCAAUCACUGCCCUGGGGCAAUGUCCCCAAUCACUGCCCUGGGGCAAUGUCCCCAAUCACUGCCCUGGGGCAUUGGGAUAUUAUUUAGACCAGAGGAAAGAGUGCCUCCUACUGGCCCUCCAACACCACUUCCAUCAGCAUCUGGUCUCCCAUCCAGGGACCUCCUACUGGCCUCCAACACCACUUCCAUCAGCAUCUGGUCUCCCAUCCAGGGACCUCCUACUGGCCCUCCAACACCACUUCCAUCAGCAUCUGGUCUCCCAUCCAGGGACCUCCUACUGGCCCUCCAACACCACUUCCAGCAGCAUCUGGUCUCCCAUCCAGGGACCUCCUACUGGCCCUCCAACACCACUUCCAUCAGCAUCUGGUCUCCCAUCCAGGGACCUCCUACUGGCCCUCCCAACACCACUUCCAUCAGCAUCUGGUCUCCCAUCCAGGGACCUCCUACUGGCCCUCCAACACCACUUCCAUCAGCAUCUGGUCUCCCAUCCAGGGACCUCCUACUGGCCCUCCAACACCACUUCCAUCAGCAUCUGGUCUCCCAUCCAGGACCUCCUACUGGCCCUCCAACACCACUUCCAGCAGCAUCUGGUCUCCCAUCCAGGGACCUCCUACUGGCCCUCCAACACCACUUCCAUCAGCAUCUGGUCUCCCAUCCAGGGACCUCCUACUGGCCCUCCAACACCACUUCCAUCAGCAUCUGGUCUCCCAUCCAGGGACCUCCUACUGGCCCUCCAACACCACUUCCAUCAGCAUCUGGUCUCCCAUCCAGGGACCUCCUACUGGCCCUCCAACACCACUUCCAUCAGCAUCUGGUCCUCCCAAUCCAGGGACCUCCUACUGGCCCUCCAACACCACUUCCAGCAGCAUCUGGUCUCCCAUCCAGGGACCUCCUACUGGCCCUCCAACACCACUUCCAUCAAGCAUCUGGUCUCCCAUCCAGGGACCUCCUACUGGCCCUCCAAACACCACUUCCAUCAGCAUCUGGUCUCCAUCCAGGGACCUUCCUACUGGCCCUCCAAACACCACUUCCAUCAGCAUCUGGUCUCCCAUCCAGGGACCUCCUACUGGCCCUCCAACACCACUUCCAUCAGCAUCUGGUCUCCCAUCCAGGGACCUCCUACUGGCCCCUCCAACACCACUUCCAUCAGCAUUUGGUCUCCCAUCCAGGGACCUCCUACUGCCCUCCAACACCACUUCCAUCAGCAUCUGGUCUCCCAUCCAGGGACCUCCUCUGGCCCUCCAACACCACUUCCAUCAGCAUCUGGUCUCCCAUCCAGGGACCUCCUACUGGCCCUCCAACACCACUUCCAUCAGCAUCUGGUCUCCCAUCCAGGGACCUCCUACUGGCCCUCCAACACCACUUCCAUCAGCAUCUGGUCUCCCAUCCAGGGACCUCCUACUGGCCCUCCAACACCACUUCCAUCAGCAUCUGGUCUCCCAUCCAGGGACCUCCUACUGGCCCUCCAACACCACUUCCAUCAGCAUCUGGUCUCCCAUCCAGGGACCUCCUACUGGCCCUCCAACACCACUUCCAGCAGCAUCUGGUCUCCCAUCCAGGGACCUCCUACUGGCCCUCCGACACCACUUCCAGCAGCAUCUGGUCUCCCAUCCAGGGACCUCCUACUGGCCCUCCGACACCACUUCCAGCAGCAUCUGGUCUCCCAUCCAGGGACCUCCUACUGGCCCUCCAACACCACUUCCAUCAGCAUCUGGUCUCCCAUCCAGGGACCUCCUACUGGCCCUCCAACACCACUUCCAUCAGCAUCUGGUCUCCCAUCCAGGGACCUCCUACUGGCCCUCCAACACCACUUCCAUCAGCAUCUGGUCUCCCAUCCAGGGACCUCCUACUGGCCCUCCAACACCACUUCCAUCAGCAUCUGGUCUCCCAUCCAGGGACCUCCUACUGGCCCUCCAACACCACUUCCAUCAGCAUCUGGUCUCCCAUCCAGGGACCUCCUACUGGCCCUCCAACACCACUUCCAUCAGCAUCUGGUCUCCCAUCCAGGGACCGACCAGGACCAACCCUGCUUAGCUUCAGAGGCAAGCCAGCAUCUGGUCUCCCAUCCAGGGACCGACCAGGACCAACCCUGCUUAGCUUCAGAGGCCAGCCAGCAUCUGGUCUCCCAUCCAGGGACCGACCAGGACCAACCCUGCUUAGCUUCAGAGGCCAGCCAGCAUCUGGUCUCCCAUCCAGGGACCGACCAGGACCAACCCUGCUUAGCUUCAGAGGCCAGCCAGCAUCUGGUCUCCCAUCCAGGGACCGACCAGGACCACCCUGCUUAGCUUCAGAGGCAAGCCAGCAGUGGGAUGCAGGGUGGUAUGCUGCUGACAAAGGAAAUUAGUACAUUUAGUUGUCAAUAUACACAGCCUUUUGAUUCAGGUUUUUUGAAAUGUUUACAAAUGUACAAACGUUUUUGUUCUAUUUUCUAUAAUAUGUCUUCACUAUAAUAGUGAAGACAUCAAAACUAAGAAAUAACACAUAUGGAAUCAUGUAGUAACCAAAGAAGUGUUAAACAAAUAUUGAUAUUCUUCCAAUAGCCCCCCUUUCCCUUGAUGACGCUCUUGGCAUUCUCUCAACCAGCUUCAUGAGGUAGUCACCUGGAAUGCAUUUCAAGUAACAGGUGUGCCUUCUUAAAAGUUAAUUUGUGGAAUUUCUUUCCUUCUUAAUGUGUUUGAGCCUAUCAGUUGUGUUGGGACAAGGUAGGGGGGGUAUACAGAAGAUAGCCCUAUUUGGUAAAAGACCAAGUCCAUAUUAUGGCAAGAACAGCUCAAAUAAGCAAAGAGAAACGACAGUCCAUCAUUACUUUAAGACAUGAAGGUCAGUCAAUACAGAACAUUUCAAGAACUUUGAAAGUUUCUUCAAGUGCAGUCGCAAAAAACAUCAAGUGCUAAGAUGAAACUGGCUCUCAUGAGGACCGCCACAGGAAUGGAAGACCCAGUGUUACCUCUGCUACAGAGGAUAAGUUCAUUAGAGUUACCAGCCUCAGAAAUUGCAUCCCAAAUAAAUGCUUCACAGAGUUCAAGUAACAGACACAUCUCAACAUCAACUGUUCAGAGGAGACUGUGAAUCAGGCAUUCAUGGUCGAAUUGAUGCAAAGAAACCACUACUAAAGGACACCAAUAAUAAGAAGAGACUUGCUUGGGCCAAGAAACACAAGCAAUGGACAUUAGACCGGUGGAAAUUUGUCCUUUGGUCUGAGAUUUUUGGUUCCUACCGCCAUGUCUUUGUGAGAUGCAGAGUAGGUGAACGCAUGAUCUCUGCAUGUGUGAUUCCCACCGUGAAGCAUGGAGGAGGAGGUGUAAUAGUGCUUUGCUGGUGACGGUGUCCAGACAGUGUGAUAGUUAGUUAGAUUGAAGCGCUAAAAGUCAGUCCACACAGUGUGAUAGUUAGUUAGAUUGAAGCGCCACAGUGUGAUAGUUAGAUUGAAUCAGUUAGUAGGAUCGCCACAGUUCUAUGCAGAACCCAACCACAGACUAGAAACCAGCCAGCACUUAUUUUAAUGCCUGGAGGGAGGCAAAAGUUAUUGACAUUAUAGAUCAUAGUCUGCUACUGGAAAAACGUAUGUGUUAUGGCUUUACACCCCCUGCUAUAUUGUGGAAAAAGAGUUACCUGUCUAACAGAACACAGAGGGUGUUCUUUAAUGGAAGCCUCUCCAACAUAAUCCAGGUAGAAUCAGGAAUUCCCCAAGGCAGCUGUCUAGGCCCAUUACUUAUUUCAAUCUUUACUAAUGACAUGCCACUGGCUUUGAGUAAAGCCAGUGUGUCUAUGUAUGCGGAUGACUCAAUACUAUAAAUGUCAGCUACUACAGUGACUGAAAUGACUGCAACACUCAACAAAGAGCUGCAGUUAGUUUCAGAAUGGGUGGCAAGGAAUAAGUUAGUCCUAAAUAUUUCAAAAACUAAAAGCAUUGUAUUUGGGACAAAUCAUUUACUAAACCCUAAACCUCAACUAAAUCUUAUAAUAAAGCGCUGCUCUGCCUUCUUAACAACACUAUCAACAAGGCAGGUCCUACAGGCCUUAGUUUUGUCACACCUGGACUACUGUUCAGUCGUGUGGUCAGGUGCCACAAAGAGGGACUUCAUUUUGUGUUGUAGAUAUGUGGUAGUGGUGGAGUAGGGGCCUGAGGGCACACACUUAGUGUGUUAUGAAAUCUGUUAUGAAUGUAUUGUAAUUUUGCCGGACCCCAGGGAGAGUAGCUGCUGCCUUGGCAGCAUAACAACAGCAAGGAGACAGCUGUGACUUACUCAAUGUAAGCGUCAAGAGCUACACCGGGCUACUGGAGAGUCAAGAGCUACACCGGGCUGCGGGAGAGUCAAAAAGACUCUCAAUGUUAUUAAAUGCUGGGACCCAUCAAAACAUCAACGCAACGGAGGCUGUAUUACCAGUAUGAUAGCCAGGAGAGAAGCACCUUUGAGGGGAUGCAGUUUCCAGUACAGGCCGGUGGAAAGCCAGGAGGGAGGCAAGAGCUAUACUGGGCCGUGGGAAAGUCAAGAGCUACACCGGGCCGCGGGAAAGUCAAGAGCUACACCGGGCCGCGGGAAAGUCAAAAAUACUAAAUCCAAGUAGGCUAAACUAAGUGGAGUUUAAGUUUGGCAGUAGUCCAAAAACAUCCAAGGCACAAUGUCAAAUGGAAGGAUGAAAGCAGCAGUAGGUAGGUGUCUGAUCAGAUAACGCCCCAGAGCAGAGGAGGGUGCCCAGGUAUAUCACAGGAGGCAGGUGUCUGAUCAGAUAACGCCCCAGAGCAGAGGAGGGUGCCCAGGUAUAUCACAGGAGGCAGGUGUCUGAUCAGAUAACGCCCCAGAGCAGAGGAGGGUGCCCAGGUAUAUCACAGGAGGCAGGUGUCUGAUCAGAUUUUGUGCAACAUUGUAACCUAUGUUUGAGACCAACGCAUAGCCGUGUUUGUGUGAGAAGCGCGCUCGUAUAUCUCACAGAAAUAUACUGAACAAAAAUAUAAACACAACAUGCAACAAUUUCAAAGAUUUUACUGAGUUACAUUUCAAAUAAGGACAUCAGUCAAUUGAAAUAAAUAAAUUAAGCCCUAAUCUAUAGAUCUCACAUUACUGGGAAUACAGAUAUGCAUCUGUUGGUCACAGAUACCUUUAAAAAAAGGUAGGGGCGUGGACCAGAAAACCAGUCAGUAUCUGGUGUGACCACCAUUUGCCUCAUGCAGCGCAACACAGCUCCUUCGCAUAGAGUUGAUCAGGCUGUUGAUUGUGGCCUGUGGAAUGUUGUCCCAUUCCUCUUCAAUGGCUGUGUGAACUUGCUGGAUAUUGGCGGGAACUGGAACACGCUGUCGUACACGUUGAUCCAGAGCAUCCCAAACAUGCUCAAUGGGUGACAUGUCUGGUGAGUAUGCAGGCCAUGGAAGAACUGGGACAUUUUCAGCUUCCAGGAAUUGUGUACAGAUCCUUGUGACAUGGGGCCGUGCAUUAUCAUGCUGAAACAUGAGGUGAUGGCGGCAGAUGAAUGGCACGACAAUGGGCCUCGAUCUCGUCACAGUAUCUCCGUGCAUUCAAAUUGCCAUCGAUAAAAUGUAAUUGUGUUCGUUGUCCGUAGCUUAUGCCUGCCCAUACCAUAACCCCACCGCCACCAUGGGGCACUCUGUUCACAACGUUGACAUCCGCAAACCCGCUCGCCCACACGACGCCAUACACGCUGUCUGCCAUCUGCCCGGUACAGUUGAAACCGGGAUUCAUCCGUGAAGAGCACACUUCUCCACCGUGCCAGUGGCCAUCGAAGGUGAGCAUUUACUCACUGAAGUUUGUUACAACAUCUAACUGCAGUCAGGUCAAGACCCUGGUGAGGACGACGAGCACGCAGAUGAGCUUCCCUGAGACGGUUUCUGACAGUUUGUGCAGAAAUUAUUCGGUUGUGCAAACCCACAGUUUCAUCAGCUGUCCGGGUGGCUGGUCUCAGACGAUCCCACAGGUGAAGAAGUCUGACGUUGAGGUCCUAGGUUGGCGUGGUUACACGUGGUCUGCGGUUGUGAGGCCGGUUGGAUGUACUGCCAAAUUCUCUAAAACGACGUUGGAGGCAGCUUAUGGUAGAGAGAUUACCAUUCAAUUAUCUGACAACAGCUCUGGUGGACAUUCCUGCAGUCAGCAUGCCAAAUGCACGCUCCCUCAAAACUUGAGACAUCUGUAGCAUUGUGUUGUGUGACAAAACUGGCCUUUUUAGUGGCCUUUUAUUGCCCCCCGCACAAGGUGCACCUGUGUAAUGAUCAUGCUGUUUAAUCAGCCUCUUGAUAUACCACACCUGUCAGGUGGAUGGAUUAUCUUGGCAAAGGAGAAAUGCUCACUAACAGGGAUGUAAACAUCUUGACAUGUUGUUUAUAUUUAUGUUCAGUAUACAUUAUUUUUCUGUUUCAUACUGUGUGUGUGUCUCUGUGUGUGUCUCUGUGUGUGUGUGUGUCUCUGUGUGUGUGUGCGUGUGCGUGUGUGUGUGUAGGUGAACCAGGCCUGCUGAGGGGGGCGGAGCUGAAGUGGGAGGCGGAGCGACUUCAGUACAGAGAGAGACGCAGCUUUUGUAUCCAGGCAACCAUCACCAUGGUUACACAUUGCCGUAGAGGAGAGGUAACUAACACACAUCAUACACACACACACACACACACACACAUCAUACACACACACACACAGAGACACACACAGAGACACACACAGAGACACACACAGAGACACACACACACACCUACUUCCCUGCGCCACCCAUACGUAAAAUGAAUGCACGCAUGACUAAGUUGCUUUGGAUAAAAGGGUCUGCUAAAUGCCAUAUAUUAUCCACAGGUGAAUAGAGCUCGCCAGCUUGUUACCUCUGGUUCGUUCAGACAUUCCUGUGGGGAAAGUAAGGUCUGAGGUUAAUACAGCCUUAGGAGAUCUUAUACGUGUUCUAUGAGAUAAUAUCAGUCAGUUAACGUGACCUUUAUGAAUUAUAAAGCCUUUAUGUUGUUCUAUGAGAUAAUAUCAGUCAGUUAACGUGACCUUUAUGAAUUAUAAAGCCUUUAUGUUGUUCUAUGAGAUAAUAUCAGUCAGUUAACGUGACCUUUAUGAAUUAUGAAGCAUUUAUGUUGUUCUAUGAGAUAAUAUCAGUCAGUUAACAUGACCUUUAUGAAUUAUAAAGCCUUUAUGUUGUUCUAUGAGAUAAUAUCAGUCAGUUAACAUGACCUUUAUGAAUUAUAAAGCCUUUAUGUUCUUUUUUUUAUUACAUAAAUGCUUCAAAAUUCACAAAAAGUGACGUUAACUGAUGAAGAUUAUCUCAUAGAACAGGUGAUAGGUGGUCCUCUGUAGCUCAGCUGGUAGAGCACGGCGCUCGUAACGCCAAGGUAGUGGUCCUCUGUAGCUCAGCUGGUAGAGCAUGGCGCUUGUAACGCCAAGGUAGUGGGUUCGAUCCCCGGGACCACCCAUACACAAAAAUGUAUGCACGCAUGACUGUAGUCGCUUUGGAUAAAAGCGUCUGCUAAAUGGCAUAUUAUUAUUAUAUUAGUAUAGAACAAAACUUAUAAGAUCUCCUGAGCCUGUGUUUUCAGUCCUUAUUUUCAGUGUUUAUUCAAAAACCCUAGAAAAAACUAAAUUUCCCCGUAGGCCUUGUCCAACGAACCAUGACGGAGUUAGUGCCUACAAAAAGACAACAUUACUAUUGCUCUCUAUUAGUUAUAACAUAUAGACUAUCAUUCUGUCUAUCAGUUAUAACAUAUAGACUAUCAUUCUAUUAGUUAUAACAUAUAUACUAUCAUUCUGUCUAUCAGUUAUAACAUAUAGACUAUCAUUCUGUCUAUCAGUUAUAACAUAUAGACUAUCAUUCUGUCUAUUAGUUAUAACAUAUAGACUAUCAUUCUGUCUAUCAGUUAUAACAUAUAGACUAUCAUUCUAUUAGUUAUAACAUAUAGACUAUCAUUCUGUCUUAGUUAUAACAUGUAGACUAUCAUUAUGUCUAUUAGUUAUAAAAUAUAGACUAUCAUUAUAUCUAUUAGUUAUAACAUAUAGACUAUCAUUCUGUCUAUCAGUUAUAACAUGUAGACUAUCAUUAUGUCUAUCACUUAUAACAUAUAGACUAUCAUUCUGUCUAUUAGUUAUAACAUAUAGACUAUCAUUCUAUUAGUUAUAACAUAUAUACUAUCAUUCUGUCGUAUCAGUUAUAACAUAUAUACUAUCAUUCUAUUAGUUAUAACAUAUAGACUAUCAUUCUAUUAGUUAUAACAUAUAGACUAUCAUUCUAUUAGUUAUAAAAUAUAGACUAUCAUUCUAUCUAUUAGUUAUAACAUAUAGACUAUCAUUCUGUCUAUCAGUUAUAACAUAUAGACUAUCAUUCUAUUAGUUAUAACAUAUAUACUAUCAUUCUGUCGUAUCAGUUAUAACAUAUAUACUAUCAUUCUAUUAGUUAUAACAUAUAGACUAUCAUUCUAUUAGUUAUAACAUAUAGACUAUCAUUCUAUUAGUUAUAAAAUAUAGACUAUCAUUCUAUCUAUUAGUUAUAACAUAUAGACUAUCAUUCUGUCUAUCAGUUAUAACAUGUAGACUAUCAUUCUAUUAGUUAUAACAUAUAGACUAUCAUUCUAUUAGUUAUAAAAUAUAGACUAUCAUUCUAUCUAUUAGUUAUAACAUAUAGACUAUCAUUCUGUCUAUCAGUUAUAACAUAUAGACUAUCAUUCUAUUAGUUAUAACAUAUAUACUAUCAUUCUGUCGUAUCAGUUAUAACAUAUAUACUAUCAUUCUAUUAGUUAUAACAUAUAGACUAUCAUUCUAUUAGUUAUAACAUAUAGACUAUCAUUCUAUUAGUUAUAAAAUAUAGACUAUCAUUCUAUCUAUUAGUUAUAACAUAUAGACUAUCAUUCUGUCUAUCAGUUAUAACAUGUAGACUAUCAUUCUAUUAGUUAUAACAUGUAGACUAUCAUUAUGUCUAUCAGUUAUAACAUAGAGACUAUCAUUCUAUUAGUUAUAACAUAUAGACUAUCAUUCUGUCUUAGUUAUAACAUAUAGACUAUCAUUCUGUCUAUCAGUUAUAACAUGUAGACUAUCAUUAUGUCUAUCAGUUAUAACAUAUAGACUAUCAUUCUAUUAGUUAUAACAUAUAGACUAUCAUUCUGUCUAUCAGUUAUAACAUAUAGACUAUCAUUCUGUCUAUUAGUUAUAACAUAUAUACUAUCAUUCUGUCUAUCAGUUAUAACAUAUAGACUAUCAUUCUGUCUAUCAGUUAUAACAUAUAGACUAUCAUUCUGUCUAUUAGUUAUAACAUAUAGACUAUCAUUCUGUCUAUCAGUUAUAACAUAUAGACUAUCAUUCUGUCUAUUAGUUAUAACAUAUAGACUAUCAUUCUAUUAGUUAUAACAUAUAGACUAUCAUUCUGUCUAUUAGUUAUAACAUAUAUACUAUCAUUCUGUCUAUCAGUUAUAACAUAUAGACUAUCAUUCUGUCUAUCAGUUAUAACAUAUCGACUAUCAUUCUGUCUAUUAGUUAUAACAUGUAGACUAUCAUUCUAUUAGUUCUAACAUAUAGACUAUCAUUCUGUCUAUCAGUUAUAACAUAUAGACUAUCAUUCUGUCUAUUAGUUAUAACAUAUAGACUAUCAUUCUGUCUUAGUUAUAACAUAUUGACUAUCAUUCUAUUAGUUAUAACAUAUAUAUACUAUCAUUCUGUCUAUCAGUUAUAACAUAUAUACUAUCAUUCUAUUAGUUAUAACAUAUAGACUAUCAUUCUAUUAGUUAUAACAUAUAGACUAUCAUUCUAUUAGUUAUAAAAUAUAGACUAUCAUUCUAUCUAUUAGUUAUAACAUAUAGACUAUCAUUCUGUCUAUCAGUUAUAACAUAUAGACUAUCAUUCUGUCUAUCAGUUAUAACAUAUAGACUAUCAUUCUGUCUAUUAGUUAUAACAUAUAGACUAUCAUUCUGUCUUAGUUAUAACAUAUAGACUAUCAUUCUAUUAGUUAUAACAUAUAUACUAUCAUUCUGUCGAUCAGUUAUAACAUAUAGACUAUCAUUCUGUCUAUCAGUUAUAACAUAUAGACUAUCAUUCUGUCUAUCAGUUAUAACAUAUAGACUAUCAUUCUGUCUAUUAGUUAUAACAUAUAGACUAUCAUUCUGUCUUAGUUAUAACAUAUAGACUAUCAUUCUAUUAGUUAUAACAUAUAUACUAUCAUUCUGUCGAUCAGUUAUAACAUAUAUACUAUCAUUCUGUCUAUUAGUUAUAACAUAUAGACUAUCAUUCUGUCUUAGUUAUAACAUAUAGACUAUCAUUCUAUUAGUUAUAACAUAUAGACUAUCAUUCUAUUAGUUAUAACAUAUAGACUAUCAUUCUAUUAGUUAUAAAAUAUAGACUAUCAUUCUAUCUAUUAGUUAUAACAUAUAGACUAUCAUUCUGUCUAUCAGUUAUAACAUGUAGACUAUCAUUCUAUUAGUUAUAACAUGUAGACUAUCAUUAUGUCUAUCAGUUAUAACAUAGAGACUAUCAUUCUAUUAGUUAUAACAUAUAGACUAUCAUUCUGUCUUAGUUAUAACAUAUAGACUAUCAUUCUAUUAGUUAUAAAAUAUAGACUAUCAUUCUAUCUAUUAGUUAUAACAUAUAGACUAUCAUUCUGUCUAUCAGUUAUAACAUGUAGACUAUCAUUCUAUUAGUUAUAACAUGUAGACUAUCAUUAUGUCUAUCAGUUAUAACAUAGAGACUAUCAUUCUAUUAGUUAUAACAUAUAGACUAUCAUUCUGUCUAUUAGUUAUAACAUAUAGACUAUCAUUCUAUUAGUUAUAAAAUAUAGACUAUCAUUCUAUCUAUUAGUUAUAACAUAUAGACUAUCAUUCUGUCUAUCAGUUAUAACAUGUAGACUAUCAUUCUAUUAGUUAUAACAUGUAGACUAUCAUUAUGUCUAUCAGUUAUAACAUAGAGACUAUCAUUCUAUUAGUUAUAACAUAUAGACUAUCAUUCUGUCUUAGUUAUAACAUAUAGACUAUCAUUCUGUCUAUUAGUUAUAACAUGUAGACUAUCAUUCUGUCUAUCAGUUAUAACAUAUAGACUAUCAUUCUGUCUAUUAGUUAUAACAUAUAGACUAUCAUUCUGUCUAUUAGUUAUAACAUAGACUAUCAUUCUGUCUAUCAGUUAUAACAUAUAGACUAUCAUUCUGUCUAUUAGUUAUAACAUGUAGACUAUCAUUCUAUUAGUUCUAACAUAUAGACUAUCAUUCUGUCUAUUAGUUAUAACAUAUAGACUAUCAUUCUGUCUAUCAGUUAUAACAUGUAGACUAUCAUUCUGUCUAUCAGUUAUAACAUAUAGACUAUCAUUCUGUCUAUCAGUUAUAACAUGUAGACUAUCAUUCUGUCUAUCAGUUAUAACAUAUAGACUAUCAUUCUGUCUAUUAGUUAUAACAUAUAGACUAUCAUUCUGUCUUAGUUAUAACAUAUAGACUAUCAUUCUGUCUAUCAGUUAUAACAUAUAGACUAUCAUUCUGUCUAUCAGUUAUAACAUAUAGACUAUCAUUAUGUCUAUUAGUUAUAACAUAUAGACUAUAAUUCUGUCUUCUUUAGGAGGACCAGUGUCUAGUGUGGACAGACAGACCUGCUGCUGCCUCUCCUCGUAUCUCUCCCUCCUCUCCUCGUAUCUCUCCCUCCUCUCCUCGUAUCUCUCCCUCCUCUCCUCGUAUCUCUCCCUCCUCUCCUCGUAUCUCUCCCUCCUCUCCUCGUAUCUCUCCCUCCUCUCCUCGUAUCUCUCCCUCCUCUCCUGUUCUCCCACCCCCUUCCUCCUCCCCCCGCCUCCCUCCUUACUCCCCCACGCCAUCCAGUGCUUGUCUCCCCCCCUCCUCCCCUCGUCUCCCUCGCUCCUCUCCCGGCUCGUCGGUCAAAUUGAGUCCCAGGCUUCUGGUGCUGAGAGCAGGGUAAGGCCCCCAUCUCACACACACAUUGCUGGACUGUAGAACGUAAUGGGGUUGUGUGUUAUUAUUGAUGUAUUAUUGCUUGUGUUGUAGGUUAGGACUCGAUAAUGGUAAAUCCCCAAAGAGAAUACUUUUCAGCAGCGCUGGACCCCCCAGGAAGAGGUGUGUGUGUGUGUAUAUAGUGUGUGCACAGUGCAUUCAGAAAGAGACACCACAAUACUACAUAAAGAGACCUAAGACAACAACAUAGCAUGACAGCAACACAACAUGACAACACAACAUGGUAGCAACACAACAUGACAACAACAUGGUAGCAACACAACAUGACAACAACAUGGUAGCAGCACAACAUGACAACAACAUGGUAGCAACACAACAUGGUAGCAGCACAACAUGGUAGCAACACAACAUGGUAGCAGCACAACAUGGUAGCAACACAACAUGGUAGCAACACAACAUGGUAGCAGCACAACAUGGUAGCAGCACAACAUGGUAGCAACACAACAUGGUAGCAGCACAACAUGGUAGCAGCACAACAUGGUAGCAGCACAACAUGGUAGCAACACAACAUGGUAGCAACACAACAUGGUAGCAGCACAACAUGGCAGCAGCACAACAUGGUAGCAGCACAACAUGGUAGCAACACAACAUGGUAGCAACACAACAUGGUAGCAGCACAACAUGGUAGCAACACAACAUGACAACAACAUGGUAGCAACACAACAUGGUACAAACAUUAUUGGGCAACAGACAACAGCACAAAGGGCAAGAAGGUAGAGACAACAAUACAUCAAGCAAACUUUUUUGAAGCACCUUUGGCAGCGAUUACAGCCUCAACUCUUCUUGGGUAUGAUGCUACAAGCUUGGCACACCUGUAUUUGAGGAGUUUCUCCCAUUCUUCUCUGCAGAUCCUCUCAAGCUCUGUCAGGUUGGAUGGGGACCGUCACUGCACAGCUAUUUCAGGUUCAAGUCCGGGCUCUGGCUGGGCCACUCAAGGACAUUCAGAGACUUGUCCCGAAGCCACUCCUGCAUUGUCUUGGCUGUGUGCUUAGGGUUGUUGUCCUGUUGGAAGGUGACCCUUCGCCCCAGUCUGAGGUCCUGAGCGCUCUGGAGCAGGUUUUCAUCAAGGAUCUCUCUGUACUUUGCUCCAUUCAUCUUUGCCUCGAUCCUAACUAGUCUCCCAGUCCCUGCCGCUGAAAAACCUCCCCACAGCAUGAUGCUGCCACCACCAUGCUUCACCGUAGGGAUGGUACCAGGUUUCCUCCAGACGUGACGCUUGGCAUUCAGGCCAAAGAGUUCAAUCUUGGUUUCAUCAGACCAGAGGUCUUGUUUCUCAUGGUCUGAGAGUCUUUAGGUGCCUUUUGGCAAACUCCAAGCGGGCUGUCAUGUGCCUUUUACUGAGGAGUGGCUUCCGUCUGGCCACUCUACCAUAAAGGCCUGAUUGGUGGAGUGCUGCAGAGAUGGUUGUCCUUCUGGAAGGUUCUCCCAUCUCCACAGAGGAACUCUAGAGCUCUGUCAGAGUGACCAUCGGGUUCUUGGUCACCUCCCUGACCAUGGCACUUCUCCCCAGAUUGCUCAUUUUGGCCAGGCGGCCAGCUCUAGGAAGGGUCUUGGUGACAAGCAUUUCGCUACACCCGCUAUAACAUCUGCUAAACACGUGUAUGUGACAAAUAAAAUUUGAUUUGAUUUGAUUCCAAACUUCUUCCAUUGAAGAAUGAUGGAGGCCACAGUGUUCUUGGGGACCUUCAAUGCACAGACAUUUUUUGGGACCCUUCCCCAGAUCUGUGCAUCGACACAAUCCUGUCUCAGAGCUCUACAGACAAUUCCUUCGACCUCAUGACCUGGUUUUUGCUCUGACAUGCACUGUCAACUGUGGGACCCUAUAUAGACGUGUGUGUGCCUUUCCAAAUCAUGUCCAAUCAAUUGAAUUUACCACAGGUGGACUCCAAUCAAGUUGUAGCAUCAUCUCAAGGAUGAUCAAUGGAAACAGAAUGCACCUGAGCUCAAUUUCGAGUCUCAUAGCAAAGAGUCUGAAUACUUAUGUAAAUAAGGUAUUUCAGUUUUUUAUUUUUUAUAAAAAAACUUUUUUUGAGGGAGAAAAUGUAUUUAAUCUAUUUUAGAAUAAGACUGUAAUGUAACAAAAUGUGGAGUAAGUCAAGGGGUCUGAAUACAUUCCGAAAGCACUGUGUAUAUAUAUAAUGUGUGUCUCAUCUGUUCUCUGUUGUUCUCUGCAGACUGACUCUAGGGACCCAUCCAGAGGAGGAGACCGACACAGGUCAGACUGAGUUUAGAGUAAAAAAUACUAUGUUGUAGUAACGUUGUAGUAGUGUUGUAGUAACGUUGUAGUAGUGUUGUAGUAGUGUUGUAGUAACGUUGUAGUAGUGUUGUAGUAAGGGUUGUAGUAGUGUAGUAGUAACGUUGUAGUAACGUUGUAGUUGUAACAUGUCUCAGAGGGCAAUCUGUAGUAAUGUUGUAGUAGUGUUGUAACGUUGUAGAAGUGUUGUAGUAAUGUUGUAGUAGUGUUGUAGUAACAUUGUAGUUGUAACAUGUCUCAGAGGGCAAUCUGUAGUAACAUUGUAGUAAUGUUGUAGUAGUGUUGUUGUAAUGUUGUAGUAAUGUUGUAGUAAUGUUGUAGUAGUGUUGUAGUAACAUUGUAGUAGUGUUGUAGUAACGUUGUAGUUGUAACAUGUCUCAGAGGGCAAUCUGUAGUAAUGUUGUAGCAAUGUUGUAGUAGUGUUGUAGUAACGUUGUAGUAGUGUUGUAGUAAGGGUUGUAGUAGUGUUGUAGUAACGUUGUAGUAGUAACGUUGUAGUAACGUUGUAGUUGUAACAUGUCUCAGAGGGCAAUCUGUAGUAAUGUUGUAGUAGUGUUGUAACGUUGUAGAAGUGUUGUAGUAAUGUUGUAGUAGUGUUGUAGUAACAUUGUAGUUGUAACAUGUCUCAGAGGGCAAUCUGUAGUAACAUUGUAGUAAUGUUGUAGUAACGUUGUAGUAAUGUUGUAGUAACGUUGUAGUAGUGUUGUAGUAACAUUGUAGUAGUGUUGUAGUAACGUUGUAGUUGUAACAUGUCUCAGAGGGCAAUCUGUAGUAAUGUUGUAGUAAUGUUGUAGUAGUGUUGUAGUAACGUUGUAGUUGUAACAUGUCUCAGAGGGCAAUCUGUAGUAACGUUGUAGUAAUGUUGUAGUAGUGUUGUAGUAACGUUGUAGUAGUGUUGUAGUAAGGGUUGUAGUAGUGUUGUAGUAACGUUGUAGUAGUAACGUUGUAGUAACGUUGUAGUUGUAACAUGUCUCAGAGGGCAAUCUGUAGUAAUGUUGUAGUAGUGUUGUAACGUUGUAGAAGUGUUGUAGUAAUGUUGUAGUAGUGUUGUAGUAACAUUGUAGUUGUAACAUGUCUCAGAGGGCAAUCUGUAGUAACAUUGUAGUAAUGUUGUAGUAGUGUUGUUGUAACGUUGUAGUAAUGUUGUAGUAAUGUUGUAGUAGUGUUGUAGUAACAUUGUAGUAGUGUUGUAGUAACGUUGUAGUUGUAACAUGUCUCAGAGGGCAAUCUGUAGUAAUGUUGUAGUAAUGUUGUAGUAGUGUUGUAGUAACGUUGUAGUUGUAACAUGUCUCAGAGGGCAAUCUGUAGUAGUGUUGUAGUAAUGUUGUAGUAGUGUUGUAGUAACGUUGUAGUUGUAACAUGUCUCAGAGGGCAAUCUGUAGUAGUGUUGUAGUAAUGUUGUAGUAACGCUGUAGUAAUGUUGUAGUAGGCAAGACAAAAGUAUUUUCACGAUUUCAGUUAUAUUAUCAAAAUCAAUCAAUCAAUCAAUCAAUCAAUCAAUCAAUCAAUCAUAGCCCGUUUUUGGACUCAUUCAGUAGUUGUUGCCUGAUUCAAUAGAACCCUGUUGAAGAAUGUUAGAAUGAUCAUUUAUAUUCCUAAAACAUAAGUUGAAAAUGAUACCGUUGCUGCUUCCAGUUGUCAUGGCUUUGUGAUUUAUGGCUGAGUGUCCAAGCACUGAUUUUAAAUGUCCAAAUUCAUAAUCAAUAUGCUGAAAUAGGUCGUGAUAUUUUGAAGACCAAAACAUAAAAAGUAUAUUAAUACAUGUCAAAUGUGUACCUUAUAAACUGCACAUGCACCAACAUUUACCAAGCAUCCACUCUAAACUGGAAUUGAUUAGCUUGUUCUACGGCAGGGUUCUUCAAUUCCGGUCCUGGAGGGCCGAAACACUUCUGUUUUUUAUUUCUACCUGGUAGUUAAUUGCACUCACCUGGUGUCCCAGGUCUGAAUUAGCCCCUGAUUAGAAGGAGAGGAUGAAAAACAGAGGUGUUUCAGCCCCCUCCAGGACCCUGUAAUCUACUGUAAUCAAUAGCGUACAAAUGAAUCACUCACAUUGAUAUUGUAUUGAAAUCAAUUGAAUGUGGAAUAUAACCGUGGCAACAUGUACCACAUGAACUACAUAGACCAGUGGAUAGAUGACAGCCUGCCAUUUAUCAACUCAUCUCCUUGGGAGACCGUGUGAUCCUGGACUUCCUGACAGGCCGCUGAUUUGAUUUGAUUUGAUUUACGGUAGAUGGCCAAUACCAAAAAGGAAACGGAUCAUUACUUCACAGGUAGUUGUGCACAGUGUCUGCCUGCCUGCCAGUUGAAAAUCUAAUGCCAAUGUGUGUUUGUGUAGGCUACAUGCCCCUCCCCCUCCGCAGCAUAGCUGUAGCCCCUCCCCCUCCGCAGCAUAGCUGUAGCCCCUCCCCCUCCGCAGCAUAGCUGUAGCCCCUCCCCCUCCGCAGCAUAGCUGUAGCCCCUCCCACUCCGCAGCAUAGCGGUAGCCCCUCCCCCUCCGCAGCAUAGCGGUAGCCCCUCCCCCUCCGCAGCAUAGCGGUAGCCUACUGACGUUACAAGUAUGAUUCAGAAGAUGGGGAGAGAGAUUUUUAAUUAGAGAAGAAUGGAUUAACUUUUUAAAUGCCUGUUAGGGAUACUAUAGUUGUCACAUUUCACAUUGGAUUAACUACAAAAAUGUAAGACGUGUUUUUAAAUAUUUUAAAAUAUUUUUUGUAUUUUUUUCCUCCUUUUUUUCUUUUGAUUUGCUGGUGUUUUACAGCCUUUUGAUUUGCUGGUGUUUUACAGCCUUUUGAUUCGCUGGUGUUUUACAGUCUUUUAAUGUCCAAAAAGAACCACCAGUUGGGGAAUUUUGUGGUAUCCAAUUGGUAGUUACAGUCUUGUCCCAUCGCUGCAAUCCCCGUACGGACACGGGAGAGGCGAAGGUCGAGAGUCGUGUGUCCUCCGAAACACAACACAACCCAACCUAGCCGCACUGCUUCUUGACACAGUGCCCGCUCAACCCGGAAGCCAGCCGCACCAAUGUGCCGGAGGAAACACCGUACACCUGGAGACCGAGUAAGCGUGCACUGUGCCCGGCCUGCCACAGGAGUCGCUAGUGCGCUAUGGGACAAGAACAUCCCUGCCGGCCAAACCCUCCCCUACCCUGGACGGCGCUGGGCCAAUUAUGCGCCGCCCCAUGGGUCUCCCGGUGGCGGCCGGCUGCGACAGAGCCUGGACUCGAACCAGGAUCUCUAGUGGCACAGCUAGCACUGCGAUGCAGUGCCUUAACGUGUUUUUAAUUCUGGUGCCGCUCUGCACACACAAGCUUGUUAGCUAGCUAGCUACUUCAGGUCCAGCGUUAAACCAACUCUGAAGUUCAAAGACAUUCAAAGUUCCUCCAUACAAGCCGCUCCUCCGUAGGUAGAAUUCUGUGGGAACAGAAAGGAACAAUAUAAACCGCUACUUUUUUGGGGGUUCGAACCGGUUCAGAACUUUAUUUUGCUGGUUGGAACAGUGGAACGGAACGAAAAAAAUUAUGGUUCUGUUCAGAACUAAAUGAUUGGAAAAUAAUUUAUGUUCAAACCUCUGGGGUAGUCUGUAGUAACGUUGUAGUUAUAACAUCUCUCUGUCAGAGGGCAGUCUGUGGUAACGUUGUAGUUAUAACAUCUCUCUGUUAGAGGGCAGUCUGUAGUAACGUUGUAGUUGUAACAUCUCUCUGUCAGAGGGCAGUCUGUGGUAACGUUGUAGUUAUAACAUCUCUCUGUUAGAGGGCAGUCUGUAGUAACGUUGUAGUUGUAACAUCUCUCUGUCAGAGGGCAGUCUGUAGUAACGUUGUAGUUGUAACAUCUCUCUGUCAGAGGGCAGUCUGUGGUAACGUUGUAGUUGUAACAUCUCUCUGUUAGAGGGCAGUCUGUAGUAACGUUGUAGUUGUAACAUCUCUCUGUCAGAGGGCAGUCUGUAAUAACGUUGUAGUUGUAACAUCUCUCUGUCAGAGGGCAGUCUGUGGUAACGUUGUAGUUGUAACAUCUCUCUGUCAGAGGGCAGUCUGUAGUAACGUUGUAGUUGUAACAUCUCUCUGUCAGAGGGCAGUCUGUAGUAACGUUGUAGUUAUAACAUCUCUCUGUCAGAGGGCAGUCUGUAGUAACGUUGUAGUUGUAACAUCUCUCUGUCAGAGGGCAGUCUGUAGUAACGUUGUAGUUGUAACAUCUCUCUGUCAGAGGGCAGUCUGUAGUAACGUUGUAGUUGUAACAUCUCUCUGUCAGAGGGCAGUCUGUAAUAACGUUGUAGUUGUAACAUCUCUCUGUCAGAGGGCAGUCUGUAGUAACGUUGUAGUUGUAACAUCUCUCUGUCAGAGGGCAGUCUGUAGUAACGUUGUAGUUGUAACAUCUCUCUGUCAGAGGGCAGUCUGUAGUAACGUUGUAGUUGUAACAUCUCUCUGUCAGAGGGCAGUCUGUGGUAACGUUGUAGUUGUAACAUCUCUCUGUCAGAGGGCAGUCUGUAGUAACGUUGUAGUUGUAACAUCUCUCUGUCAGAGGGCAGUCUGUAGUAACGUUGUAGUUGUAACAUCUCUCUGUCAGAGGGCAGUCUGUAGUAACGUUGUAGUUGUAACAUCUCUCUGUCAGAGGGCAGUCUGUGGGAAGCCUCCAUGGAGUUCCUGGAGACCAACGAUGAUGAGCAUGAUGAAGAUGAUGAUGAGGAUGAUCAGGCCUUCCUCACGGCCCCAUCCUCUCCUGUCUCGUUGUCGGGUGGGUGUCGGCUGGGCCUGGCUCACGUUGCCAUGGAGACGCUGCCCCUACAGUACUGCCCGGCGACCAGGGAGGAACAGGCGGUUGCCGUGGAGAUGCAGACAGGAGAGUUCCAGAACCUUCAGUGUUGUAGAAGUCUAGAGAACUACAGCCCUUCAGUGAGCUACACCCAGACAGGACACUACACACUCACACUCAGAGGUAUACAUAUGUACACAGUUUUGAUUAAUUGAAAUUGAAAUUGCCUCCUUGCAAAAGAGGUUUCUAACCUUCCCUCCCGCCCGCCCUCUCUCUCUCUCCACCCCUCAUUACCCAUCCCUUUCUCAUACAUCUCUAUCUUUCGGUCUGUGUCUCUAUCUAUCUCUCGAUCUCUAUCUCUGCUAUCUUCGCGUCUCUGUCUCUGUUCUCUGGAUGUCUCAGUCUGUGUUUAUCGCUCUCUACUCUCCUCUGCUCUAUCUCUCUGUGCUCUCUCCCUCUCUCCUUCAUCACUCCCUUCUCCAUCUCUCGUCUGUCUGUCGCUCUCUCCCAUCUCUCCCUCUCCAUCUCUCUACCUUAUCUCCCUCCGCUCUCUCUCUCUACUCACUGUCUCUCUCAGUAGCGCUCUCUCUGCUCUCCUACUCUCUCGUCUCUCACUAUCAUACGACAGUCAUCUGAUGAGGGGAUGGAGAUAAGGAUCUAGAUGCGAUCCGGCACGUAGGACCCUCCUCAAAAUGUCCCCUUUCUCUCAUCUCUGAUCCAUGAAGUUCUCCUUAUCUCAUCUAUCUCGUUCUCUCUCUCUCUAUCAUCCCUCUCUCUCUCUACUCUCCCAUACAGCGUCUCUAUCUUAUGUUCUCCUCUUCUAUAUCCUACAUUCUCUCUCUCUCUCUCUCUUCUCCCUCUCUGUCUCUCUCUCUCUCCUCUCUCUCUCUCUCCUCUCUCUUCUCUUCUCUCUUCUCUAUCCUCUCUCUACUACUCCAGCUCUAUCUGAUGGGGGGUGGUAGAUGCAGUUCCUCACCUGCUAGCUGCCUCAGUGCCCCUUCAGGCCCCUCCCCUCCACAUGGCCCUUCCCACUCCGACCACUGGUUCACCAUCCUGACACACGGAGGCUUUUCACCACACACUCCACCACCUGCACCAGGUAACACACACCUCCACCUGGUAACACACACCACCACCUGGUAACAACACCACCACCUGGUAACACACACCCACACCUGGGUAACACACACCACCACCUGGUAACACACACCUCCACCUCCACUGGUAACUCACACCUCCACCUGGAAACACACCACUCCACUGGUAACACACACUCCACCUGGUAACACACACCUCCACCUGUAACACACACCUCCACCUGAUAACACACACCUCACUCCACCUGGUAACACACACCUCCACCUGGUAACACACACCUCCACCUGGUAACACACACCUCCACCUCCACCUGGUAACACACACCAUCCACUGGUAACACACACCUACCACCUGGUAACACACACCUCCACCUCACCUGGUAACACACCACCACCUGGUACACACACCUCCACCACACCUGGUAACAACACCACCCCUGGUAACACACACCUCCACCUGUAACACACACUCAUGAACACAAACACACUGGUAAACACACACACACCUGGUAACACACACCUCCCACUGGUAAACACACACCACCACUGGUAACACACACCACCACCUGGUAACACACACCACCACCUGGUAACACACACCUCCACUGGUAACACACACCACCACUGGUAACACACACACACCUGAUAACACACACCUCCACCUGGUAACACACCCACCACCUGGUAACACCACACCUCCACCUGGUAACACACACCACCACCUGGUAACACACACCACCACCUGGUAACACACACACACCACUGGUAACACACACCUCCACCUGGUAACACACACCACCACCUGGUAACACACACCACACCUGAUAACACACACCUCCACCUGUAACACACACCCCACCUGGUAACAACACCUACCACCUGGUAACACACACCACCACCUGGUAACACACACCACACUGGUAACACACACCUCCACUGGUAACACAACACUCCACCUGGUAACACACACCUCCACCUGGAACACACACUCACCUGGUAACAAACACCUCCACCUGGUGAAACACACACACUCACCGGAAACACACCACCUGGUAACACACACUCCACUGGUAACACACACCACACACUGGUAACACCACACACCACUCCACUGGUAACACACACACUCCACCUGAGUAACACACACCUCCACCUGAUAACACACACCUCCACCUGGUAACACCACACCACCACUCCACCUGGUAACACACACCUCCACCUGGUAACACACACCCCACACUGAUAACAACACACCUCCACCUGGAAAACACACACACCACCUGGUAACAACACCUCCACUCCAUGGUAACACACACCUCCACCUCCACCUGGUAACACACACCUCACCUCCACCUGGUAAACACACACCUCCACCUGGUAACACACACCUCCUCCUGAUAACACACACCUCCAAACACACACCUCCACUGGUAACAACACCUCCACUGGUAACACACACCUCCACCUGAUAACACACACCUCACCUCCACCUGGUAACAAAACAACCUGUAACCACCACCACCUGGUAACACACACCUCCACUCCACCUGGUAACACACACACCACCUCCACCUGGGUAACACACACCUCCACCUGACUAACACACACUCCACCUGGUAACACACCACCACUGGUAAACACACACCACCACCUGGUAACACACACCCCACCUGGUAACACACACCUCCACCUCCACCUGGUAACAGCACACCUCCACUGGUAACACACACCACCACCUGGUAACAACACACCACCACCUGAUAACACACACCACCACCUGGUAACACACCCCCACCCACCUGGUAAACACACACCUCCACCUGGUAACACACACCUCCACCUGGUAACACACAACCACCAAUGGUAACACACACCCACCUGGUAACACACACCACCCCUGGUAACAACACCUCCACCUGGUAACACACACACCACCUGGUAACACACACCACCCUGGUAACACACACCCACCCACUGGUAACACACACCUCCACUGGUAACACACAACCACCCUGGUAACACACACCACCACCUGGGUAACACACACCUCCACCUCCACCUGGUAACACACACCACACUGGUAAAACACACACUCCACCUCCACCUGUAACACACACCUCCACUGGUAACACACACCUCACUCCACCUGGUAACACACACCUCCACCUGGUAACACACACCUCCACCCCACCUGGUAACACACACUCCACCUCCACCUGGUAACACACAACCCCACCACCUGGUAACACACACCUCCACCUGUACACACCCACCCACCUGGUAACACACACACCACCUGGUAACACCACCACCACCUGGUAACACACACCUCCACCUGGUAACACAACCACCACCUGUUAACACACACCACCACCUGGUAACACACACCUCCACCUCCACCUGGUAACACACACCACCACCUGGUAACACACACCUCCACUCCACUGGUAACACACACCUCCACCUGGUAACACACACACUCCCACUGGUAACACACACCUCCACUGGUAACACACACCUCCACCUGAUAAACACACACCACCACCUGGUAACACACACCUCCACCUGAUAACACACACCUCCACCUGGUAACACACACCACCACCUGGUAACACACACCACCACCUCCACCUGGUAACACACACCUCCUCCUGGUAACACACACCUCCUCUGAUAACACACACCUCCACCUCCUCCUGGUAACACACACCUCCUCCUGAUAACCACACCACCACUGGUAACACACACCUCCACCUGGUAACACACACCUCCACCUGGUAACACACACACCUCCACUGGUAAACACACACCUCCACCUGGUAACACACACCUCCACCUGGUAAACACACACCUCCUCCUCCUCUGAUAAACACACACCACACCUGGUAACACACACCACCACCUGGUAACACAACACUCCACCUCCACCUGGUAACACACACCACACUGGUAACACACACCUCCACCUGGUAAACACACACCUCCACCUGGUAACACACACCACCACCUGGUAACACACACCACCACCUGGUAACACACACCUCCACCUGGUAACACACACCUCCUCCUGGUAACACACAGCACCACCUGGUAACACACACCUCCUCCUGGUAACACACACCACCACCUCCACCUGGUAACACACACCUCCUCCUGGUAACACACACCUCCACCUGGUAACACACACUCCACCUGGUAACACACACCACCACCUGGUAACACACACCUCCACCUCCACCUGGUAACACACACCACCACCUGGUAACACACACCUCCACCUGAUAACACACACCUCCACCUGGUAACACACACCUCCACCUGGUAACACACACCUCCACCUCCACCUGAUAACACACACCUCCACCUCCACCUGGUAACACACACCACCACCUGGUAACACACACAUCCACCUGGUAACACACACCUCCACCUGGUAACACACACCUCCACCUCCACCUGAUAACACACACCUCCACCUGGUAACACACACCUCCACCUGGUAACACACACCUCCACCUGGUAACACACACCUCCACCUGGUAACACACACCUCCACCACCACCACCUGGUAACACACACCUCCACCACCACCACCUGGUAACACACACCUCCACCUCCACCUGAUAACACACACCUCCACCUCCACCUGGUAACACACACUCCACCUGGUAACACACACCUCCACCUGGUAACACACACCACCACCUGAUAACACACACCACCACCUGGUAACACACACCUCCACCUGGUAACACACACCUCCACCUGGUAACACACACCUCCACCUGGUAACACACACCACCACCUGGUAACACACACCUCCACCUCCACCUAGUAACACACACCCCACCUGGUAACACACACCUCCACCUGGUAACACACACCUCCACCUGGUAACACACACCUCCACCUGGUAACACACACCACCACCUGAUAACACACACCUCCACCUCCACCUGGUAACACACACCUCCACCUCCACCUGGUAACACACACCUCCACUGGUAACACACACCUCCACCUGGUAACACACACCUCCACCUGGUAACACACACCACCACCUGAUAACACACACCUCCACCUCCACUGGUAACACACACCUCCACCUCCACCUGGUAACACACACUCCACCUGGUAACACACACCUCCACCACCACCUGGUAACACACAUCAUAAUAAUGAUAACUGUACUCUCUCGUCCUAUCCUAGCGGACCUGAUCGCAACGGCCUCCCAGCUGGCCAAUCAGAGGCUGUUGUGUGUUCUGGAGGUGUGUCUUCUGGGAGGAGACAGAGUGGAGGUGGUACUGAGUAGAGCCUUCCCUCUGAAAGACUGACCUCUUCAUCAUGCGUCAUAUACAAAUCUAAUCUACUGUAUGUGGGAGUCAAUUAAUCUACUGUAUGUGGG